AUGUCCGGCAACGAGAUCUUCAAGCCCAGGAACGUGGCCGCCUGGGCUCUCAAGCGGAAAGACAGACCGCUUGUCGUCUCCAAAGCAGACUACACUUCGCCACCAAAGGACUAUGUCGCCAUCAAAGUGUUCGAUGCGGCUGUGAAUCCAAUCGACUGGAUCAUGCAGGAUGAGGAUAUCUUUGGGAUCGACUACCCCACUGUGUUUGGAAUGGAUGUAGCGGGAGAAAUUGUAGAGGUGGGAGACAAGGUCGAUGAGUUUAAGAUUGGGCAGAGGGUUAUUGCACACUGCGAAGCCUACACUGAGCCUUCCAAAGGCGGCUUCCAGAAGUACACCCUCGUCCACCGAGCACGAGUGGCAGAACUCCCCUACGAGAUCGCCACAGCACAGGGUGUGGUCCUGCCUCUAGCCAUCUCAACUGCAUCAGCCGGCCUCUACCAGAAAGGUUUCCUCGCCCUCCCUUACCCUACGCUCAAGCCAGAAUCCCUCGACCGGACUGUGAUCAUCUGGGGCGGCAGUUCCAGCGUGGGAAGCUGCGCCAUCCAGCUUGCCGUGGCUUCUGGUGCAACUGUGAUCACGACAGCGAGCCCCGGCAACUUCGAAUACUGCCGGAAGCUUGGAGCGUCGAAGGUGUUUGACUACCACGACGAUGAUGUGGAGGAUCAGAUCGUGGAUGCGUUGAAGGGGAUGACGGUUGUGGGUGCGUUUCAUGCGGUGGGCGGAGACGGGGCGGUGCAGGCUUGCGCGAGGAUUGUGGACAGGACCAAGGGAAAGGCGACUGUGGUGACGGUGAGAGGGGUGCCGGAUGAUGGGAUUCCGAGCAGUGUGAGGAUGAAGAUGAUCGGCGCUGGUGAGAUCUUCAACGGUGAAGUAGGGCCAUACAUCUGGCGAGAGUUCUUGCCCAUGGCUCUUGAUCAGGGCACCAUACUGCCAAAGCCGGACCCGUUGAUUGUUGGAGAGGAGCUGAGGUCGGUGCAACUUGGGCUGGACAAGCAGAAGAAGGGUGUCAGUGCGCAGAAGGUGGUCAUUACGAACAUAUCAUGA